AUGCCUGGGAACCCAGCUGCCCAGGCCCGGUGCCCCCAUUCUGGAGUGCUGGCCGCAGCUUCCCAGGGCGUGGGGGUGUCCAAGCCCGGCCCUACCCGCGGGACUCUAGUCGCGGCCUCCCAGCCCAGCGACCCCCGGGGACCAAGAGUCUCCGUGAGGAGGCCCCUGUGGGCCGACCCCGCUCUGGAGACCCGGGAGCGGCGCGCCUCCUCCCGCCUCCUCGCACUGAGCUGCUCUCUAGCACCUCGGCCCCCGGGCGUUUGGGACCCCGGCUCCUCGACGCCCCACCCCCCACCCCGGCCCCAGGCGUCCACUGUCGUCCCUGCCGACGCCUCCCCCGCCCCCCACCCCCGCCCGGCCGACCCCAGGCGGCAGCCCCCGCCACCCCACCCCCCGCGGCGCCCACUCGCCCCGACCCUGUCCUGCCAGAAGCUCGAAGGGCCCCCGCCCCCGGAGCCCCUAGGCUCUUACCCGCCGACGCCGGGCUCCCUCCUAGGUCCCCGCGGUCCCGGAUCCCCUCUUCCGGAGGCGGCGCCAGGUGCCGGGCCCGCACAGAUCUCUAUCAUCGGCUUCCUGGAGAGCCUCAGCGACACGGAUUUUGAGAGUGAUUGA